UGUAGACUUAUUUUUAGAUAUAACUUUACAACUCAUCUACUAAUCGUCAAAUAGUUAAAAUUUAAAUUGUCAAUUGCUAAUUGUUGCCAUCAAGAAAAGAUGGCUUUUUAUAAUUAAUCAAAGAAAAUUAAGCAUUUCAAAAAAAACUUGUUAAUAAAUAUUUAAAUUCUAUAAAUUUUCAAAAUCAACAGAACUCACUGAAAUGAAAUUAUAUUUGACCGUGUUCUUGAGCAUUUUCUUCAGGUAUGCUAAAGGAUCCAAUAUUCUCGUUCUCCACCCCCUGUAUGCUGGUAGUCAUGAGUUGGUUCUAAGAAUUAUUGGAGAUGAGUUAGUGAGGCGUGGACACAAUGUAACCCAGGUGCGCUUCUUGCAGACCAACUCUCAGAAUAACCUAGACACCAGGGUUCAUGUUAUAACUGUUCCAAUAGAUGGAAAAAAAUAUCCGUGCUCAAGAUAUAUAAAUGAAGACGGAGAAUUUGAUAUCGGUAAAAAUAUGGGACCUGUAAUCUGGAAUUCUGCAGAUACGCCGUAUUCAAUACCAUAUGAUCUGUAUUGUGUGACACAUGUUCACUGUAAAAUGAUGCUUGAGGAUAAGAGGCUGUUGGAAACUUUAAAUGCAACGAGAUUUGAUGUGGCUAUCGUGGAUUUAAUUGCAAAUGAAUGUGGUUUAGCUUUUGCCCGUGUUUUGGGGCUUCCAGUUGCAAGUUUUUGGGGAUUCGGAUACCAGGGAGGAGAGGUGCGGUACACAAGUAGCUGGAACCCUGCCUCUCUUGUUCCAAGCUUUAUGUCUGGUCUAGGUAGAAAUAUGAACUUCUGGCAGAGAAACAAAAAUCUUCUUUAUUAUUUUGGACAUGCUGUUCUACAGUACUGGCAAGCAUCUACUGCAGAUGUUUAUAUAAAAAAAAACUACCCUGACCUGGUAGAUUCUGCUCAUCUGAUUCAUGAUAUUGAUCUAUCUUUAGUGCACAACAAUUUCUUUGUUGACUACCCACGGCUGAUUGCUCCUAACACUAAGUAUGUUGGUGGGAUGCAUAUUAAAGAAUCAAAAGAAUUGCCGAUAAAAUUUAAAGAAUUUGUUGCGGGAUCUGAGAAUGGAGUAAUACUUUUUAGUUUAGGAUAUACAGGAUUUACGCCGAGAGAUAUUCCUAAAUAUGUAAUUGAGGCAUUUAUUUUUGCUUUUUCCAGAAUCAAGCAACGUGUAAUCAUGAGGUUUGACAGAACGUUAUUAGAAACUAUUCCUGAAAAUGUCAUGGUUGUGGAUUGGUUUCCGCAGCAAGAUCUGUUAGCACAGAACCAAACUGUCCUGUUUAUUACCCACUGUGGACACAACAGUGUUUUGGAGGCAAUAUAUUACGGAGUUCCAAUACUGGCGAUGCCCGUGUUUGCUGAUCAACCUGAAAAUGCAGAAAAAAUAAAAGACAAGGGGUUUGGUUUGAUGUUGAAUAGACAUAGUAUUGUGAAAGAAGAGGUUCUUAGGAGUAUAAAUGAAAUCAUGAAUAAUUCGAGUUACAAAGCUAAAGUAGAACAACACAGAGCAAUGUGGAAAGAUGAACGAUUUUCCUCGUUUGAUGAAGCAAUUUACUGGAUCGAACUCCUUAUCAAGUAUGGCAAUUUUGAACAUCUGCGAAUAAAUGAUGGAGAUCUGAAUCUAGUUCAGUAUCUGUGCCUUGAUGUUGUAUUGUUGUGGAUUGCAGCUUCUCUAACGAUCCUAACCCUAUUCUUCUCAUGGAUUCGAAAUCUGAUCAGAUCUGCCAAACUGAAGAAGGAUUAAGCUAGACAAAGGAAAAAUAAGUACAAAAUAAUGAUUUUGUUUAAAUUUUAGAUUUAUUUAAUAAAUGUGUAAUGUGUA